AUGUGCGCUCGCUACUUCAAUGGAAUCCAGUGGUCUGAGUCGCUGGGUUGUGCACUGGAGAUAUCGAACUUCUUCUUCAUGCCUUCAUACGUGCUCAUCUCAUCUCAUCUCAUCUCAUCUCAUCUCAUAUCUUAUUUGAACAUUCAACGAUUAACACAUACUAUUCUCGAUCUACAAGCAACGAUGGCGAGCCUACCGGGCCUUCGAAGCAUUCCAUUUGCCAAUCGAGUAUUGUUCGGAAGACUGGGAAGUUUUCAGAGAGGUUUCCGACCUGACAGACCGAUAACUUCUGGGUCAUUUAGUAAGAGUAAUGACAUUCUGUUCAAUGCAACAACAUCCAUGAAGAACGAUAAGGAAAGGAAGGGUGGUGCAACUGCUCGCAGUGGCAAUUUGCAACCACCGAAAAAUGUAACUUUUGCCAAAAGAAAUCCCAAGUUUGGAAACUCUGCUUCCGGCCAGCAUUUCACGAAGAAACGUGCAUCAGUGAAAUGGACAAGUGGGACGGAAAGAGCUCGAAACGCAGCUAAUCAUGUACUUCAGCAGGUUUUGAAGCUCAAUGAUCGUGGAAUCGUCAAAGUUGUCAAUCAAGAGUCCAAUACGCUCGAAGAAAAGGCAUUUGUAAACUGGGCAGCGGGAAUCGAUUUGGACCAAAUGGGAUUUAUCUUGGUGAACAUUGAACAGAGAAGCUCCGGCAGCAUACCACUGAUAAAAGUAGUGGACUCUAAGACCGCUCUGAAAAAGUACUCCGAUGAGCUGGCCGAACGGAAGAAAGAGGAAUUGAUAAAAAUGGGAUUCUCCAGUAAACGCUUAGGCAAGAAAAACGACAAAGACACUAACACUGACAACUUGAAGCAAAUUAAGAUUUCCUGGCAGAUUUCUGAUUCUGACCUUAACAAGCAAAAGGCCAAUGAGAUCACAUCGCAGUUGAAAAAAGGCCAUAAAGUCUACCUGUAUCUCAAUGGUAAAGAAGAACUCAGCAAGGUCAAUUGGAGUGAUGACAUUCCGACUCACCAGGAAGACGAGAAGAAAUCCAAAGGCUCCGCUAUAUCACCCAAAGAAUAUAGAAGACGGGAAACUGUGCUAGAAAGUCUUCACGAAAUUGUGAGCGAGCUAGCUAUUCAGCCAGUCUUGGAAGGUAGUAUCGACUCCAGGUUGAUCAUGAAGCUAAACCCGAAGCCCGCAUCAAACAAAAACGACAAGGCGGCUCUCAGAGAGGAACGCAAGCAGCUAAAGCAGGCGAAACUGGAAUCAAAACUGCUUAGGAAAAAGAACAAAGAAUUCGCAUCAUCUCAACUAUAA